AUGAAUACCAAACCUGGCCUUUUAUACCAAAAUGCAUCCUCACUUCAUUUUGUGUAUGUCCAGACUUCAAAAAAAGGUGGCAAGAAAGGAAAAAAACAAAAAAAGAGUAUAAAGGGAGCUGUUAUUGCUAUUAACAGGGAAGAAAGGAAGCCAGGAAUAAGAAUUUCGGAUGGAGUUUCUAAUAAUUCACAUAGGGAAUCACAUACUCCGACACUUAAUAGUCCAAUUAGGUGUGAAAAUGAGACAACCUCAGAUUAUUCGAAGAGACCUCCAAGGGGAAAAGCAAAAGGGGAUAAAGAUUUUAAGAACAAAGGUCGGGUUGAAGUUCAGUUCAAUGUCAGAGGUCAACCUUAUGGAGAAUAUGCAGCAGGGUUCUCCUCCUUCCUUGGAGUCACAGCAAGAGAGUUCGUACCUUUGACAACUGAGUGGAAAAACCUCACUAAUCUGUACAAAAGACAAAUUUGGGAACAUAUCACGCAAAAAUAUAUUGUUCCAGAAAUUUGCAAAAAGAAUGUGUUCCGUAAAAUGAUGAAGCUGUGGCGAGAUUACAGAUCAUUGACAAUGAAAGAAGUGAUGCAGCAAGCUGAAUCGGUAGGCUUACCACGUGCUGCUGCCCUCCUCAAACCUGAUAAUAUAGAUUCAAUGGAAGUGUGGCUGGAUUUUGUAAAAUCCAGAACGACAGAAGCAUUUAGGGAAAAGUGUGAAAGAUUCAAGUUGAUGCGACAAGGCAGAACCUUAUUGCAUAGAACAAGUAGAAAGAGUUUUGCAUGUCUUGAAGAAGAGCUGAAGCAACAAAGUGAGACACCGGAUGCAAUAUCAAGGUCCGAUAUUUGGCUUUGUGCCUAUGAAGUGAAGAAAAAAGCAGUUGAAGAAGUUGAGGAUCCGAAAAUAGUGAAACUAGUACGAAAGUACAAGGAAGAAGAAGAAGUAACACAACCAUGUUCAAUAAAAGCUGAUGCUAUUGCAAAGGCACUUAGUCCUGAACUGCGAGGAUGA